AUGUAUGGAGGGGGAUUUAUGCAAGGAAGAAAUGGCUUAAAGAGGGAUGCAGAUUCAGAGUGGGGUCUGGUGAGCAUAUUUGGAUUUGGAAAGAUCCUUGGGUUCCAGGUUUCAGUAUUUUACAACUUGAGAUUCAUGGAAAUAGUCAGAUCUGUUAUGCAAUUUGGUACUGAAUCUGAUUUCACUUGGUUGUUUGUAUUAAGUUGGGGUAUUUGGUUUCGACGUAAUAAAAUGCAAAUGGAACAGAUGGUGUUAGACCCUAUGGAUAGUGCAGGCCAUGCUUUAUCUCUUCAUAAGGCCUUUUCUGAGGUCAAUAUUGAUGGUGCAAUUUUUAGUGACAAGAGAAAGGCUAGUGUUGGUGUAGUGCUGAGGGAUACUCAUGGUAAGAUAGUGAUGGUAGCUACUAAAGUUGAAUUUGAAGUAGAAAGGCCUACUACAAUCGAACUGCUUGCAGUUCUGAGGGGCUUGCAAUUAUGCUUGCCUUUGGGAAUACCUAAUUUAGUGGUGGAGUCUGAUUGUUUGCCUUUAGUUCAGCAACUCCAAGCUAAUGUAGGUGGAGAGGAUUCCUACACACCAAAUGGAAACUUGAUUGCAGAGGCUAGGCAAUUACUGUCUCAGUUCCAACAAAUUCAAGUUGUACAUGUCUCUAGAUGGGGAAAUGGGGUGGCCCACACUUUGGCAAGACAUGCUUAG